GCCCGCCCGCCCGGCCUGCACCGCGCCGUGCGCUGCCGGCAGUGCCCGCCCCGUCCCGGCGUGCCGCGCGGCGCCAUGGAGCGGGCGGCGGUGCUGCGCGUCCAGCGGAAGCGGGGCGGUGCGGAGCCGGCCGAGGCGCUGCUGCUCGCCUGCAAGCGGCUGCGCGCGGAGCCCGGGCAGGGAGCGCCAGUGGAGAGGGGCGUCUUCAAACUGGUGGCCACCGUGUCCUCCAAGAACGAACCGAUUCAGAAAUACGUUCAAGAAGGGAUCAGUAAAGACAAAGCAGUGCAGAGCCUGCGGCCCUCCUUGGGAAGCACGCAGCGGGUCGUGCAGGAGCUCCGCUCCUCCAAGCAGGUGAGGAGGAAGGAGAACCGCUACCGUGUAGUCGCCAGCCAUCGGCCGGGCUCCAGCGGGACAGCCGCAGCCCUCACAGACUGCGAGGCGGUGCGCGAUGGCGGCAGAUCGGCCCCUGCAGCAGCAGGAGACGCGUUACAGCAGGAGAGCGGUGCUGUGGAUAAGAGCUUGGACUGCGGAGGGAACUUCCAGCUGUUUGAUAUCGUGCACGAGGAGGAGGUGGUGGAGGACUCCAGUUUUACUGCAGCAAACGCACAGCAAACUGGUGAUCCAGACGUGAUUCUUUGCAAUGCAGUGGAGAUGAUCCGUGAGCGUUUAAAUGUUUCUGAAGAUCACAACAAAGUAGGACACCGCGAGAAAGAUGAGUAUGUUUAUGACAUCUACUGCAUGGAAACAUCGGCUCCUGGUUGGAUCCAAAACAUCCUCUCUGUACAGCCUUAUAAAGAAGAAUACGAACUGGUAGAUGAUGAUCAAGUUCCAGCUGAAAUAUAUGAAGAUGAAGACGAUGAAAAUGAUGAAGAUAACUGGCGCAAUGAUUAUCCUGAUGAAGAUGAAUUCUUAGCUGAGGAAGAUGAUGAAGAAAAAGACUCUGAAGAGAGCUCCAGUGAUGAGGACCAAUGUUACAGGAGAAGAACAUGGAACAAAUACCGUCAGGAGGUUCUACAGGAAUUCGGCUAUGAUGAGAUCCAGGACUUGGAUUCUGACUAAUAGCCCUUUUUUUGGGAAAUGAAAUACAUAGAACUAUUGCAGUAGGACUGCAAAUUGACAGCUGCUGCUGGCUCUUCGUAAGAGCGUUACAGGGAAAACAAGCAAACAAACAAACAACCCCUGGAAAAACACUUUCUGCUGGAAGUUGUACUAAUUGGGACAAUAGAAAACCAAUCUCUACCUGAAUGAGCUUUAAGCUAAAUUCUUGCCUGGCUGGCUUUUAAAUAACAUUUUUAAACUGUUUGUGGCUGGCACAUUUCACCCUGAUGCCUGCUGUCUAGGCUCGAGUACUAAACUGGAAUGCCAGCAAACACUGAAAGCUUUUGUUACCAUCCAAGCUGUCGCAAAUGCUCAGUCAACUUCAGGUGAUACUAAAUAAGUGGGUCUGAGUAGGGACAUUUGAUGAUACAAAUUUUCUUUCCAUGCAGAAGAUGCUGUAUGACUUAAAAGAGAAUAUUCCACUAGUUCCGUGAUGCUGAGGUUAUGACAGGAAGACAGCUUCUUGUCGUGACUAAUGUACCAAGUUUCACAGGAUGAAUACAGCUGCCCUGAAGGCGAGUAGGAAUCUCAGAAAAGGCACUCUCUCCUUGUGCUUUCUACUGUAUUUGUUCCUAAGUUUCAAGUUACCUUCUUUACAAGUGUUUGAGCAUACGAACUGCCUUAAACCACCCAUUCUUUGUCUCUCUGUCCAGUAAUUCCAGUGGAACAAUGUAUAUGCAUUUGAACUGUAAAUAAAGAAUCUUUGAUUAAGUUUUCUUUACUCAAAGAUCACAGAAGUUGGUUCAGCUGAAGUUACUUUAGCAUUUUAAUUACUGUAACUUUUGCACAGCCUUCUGUAAGCAGGUACUUGAUUGCUGGUACUGACCGAUGUUGUGAUAUUGACUGGCAGCACCAACACUUAAAAGGUUUUGGUUUUUUACUUAUGUCAGGGAAACAGGCUGCAGAGUUCUUGUAGUCUGGAUAGUAUACCAAUAUAUAUUUUUUUUAUGUUGGCUUCCUAGUGUACCUGCUCCAGUCUGUAGUAAAUCUGAGACAGACAAGUACAUAAACAUGAUUACCAAAACAACCAUUAUAUUUGCUUCUACCAGGACGUUUAGGAGCUGCAGUGAUAGCUUUGCACUUUUUUUUCUAGUAUUAGAUUGCAUUAGUGCUGUUACAAGGGAGAAGCCUUCCACCAUCCCUUCUUUGGACACAGGUUAAUUGUCCGACCUCCAGCUUUAAUGUACAGAGCAAAUGAAAGCUAAGCCACAACAUCACCAAAGCUUACUGAAACUCCAUACUGAAUAACAUGUUCUGUUGUGUAAUAAUUAUUAAAAGUGCAGGUAUGCUCAGCCCUUGUUGAAACCUGUGAAAAAUUUUAAAGUCUGCACGAGUUCCUAAUUAUCCUAUAUUACACCCACGUGUAGUUAAAUUUCUCUCUUAGGUCCAGAAGAGGGCAGCAUCCCAAAUGCUAGUCUGUUUGUCUGGCUUAAGUGUCUGGAAACAUACAGCUUGUUUCCUUUGCUAUACACUUAGCUUUUGCUGUACUGCAGCUGUCAGCUGAUAACCUAGCACCAUCACCUGUGUAAUUUUACACGUAAACUGUGUAAAACUGGGAUUCAUCCAUCUGGCUGAUUCCUAACAGUUAAUAAAUCUUGCAAUACUGAAUAUCUCCUUCAGUAUAGCACUAUACUCUCUUUUGUAAGAAGUAUCCCCCAAACCUGACAAUUACUUGUUCAGACACUUACUGAAAAGUAUUUCAACACUCUCCUACUUAAAUCUGUAGUAAGUGGCUAAUGGGAUCUUAGAUCAAAGUCAGUCGUGAGCUGUAGGUGCAGCAGGGACUUUGUGGUCUAUUCGUUCUGAAUGGUGAUACCAAGGUAACAAAGACAAAAUGUUUUGUUUCUUCUCAGGAAGGAUACUGAGACUAUUAACCUAUGUCACAAUCCC